AUGACAACUUGGAUUCCCAACCUGUCCAGCAUGCAGGGGCCGCUUUAUGUGCGGCUUGCCAAUCGCAUCCAGCAGGACAUUGAAUCGGGCACCCUGCCCGCCGGCGCCAAGCUGCCGCCGCAGCGCAAUCUCGCAUUCGACAUCGGCGUCACUGUCGGCACUGUCAGCCGCGCCUACGCGCUGGUGCGCGAGCGCGGACUUGUGACGGGCGAAGUGGGCCGCGGCACCUUCGUGGCCGAUACAGAGCACAAUGGCAGCCACACGCCGCUCCCCCUGCCGCUGCGUGUUCCCGGCGGGUACGAGGAAAACCGCGCCGAUGUGAUCCGGCUCGAUUCAUCGGCCGCCUUCAGCACCGCCGGCGCAAACGAAGUGCGCGCGCUUCUUGCCGAGGCGGCAAAUGACCUGCCCUGCGAGAUGGCCGACUAUGUCCGAAAGAUCGAACCGCAUUGGCAGACGGCCGGCGCCGACUGGAUGAAGGUCGGCAGCGGCUGGGGCCCCGACCCGGAUACCGUGCUGCCGGCCCCCGGCGCACAGGGUGCGCUGAUGGCCGUUCUGGGCGCAAUCACCAAUCCGGGAGACCGGGUCGCCUGCGAAGCGCUGACCUAUGCGGGCAUGCCGCGCGCCGCACAUCUGAUCGGGCGCGGUUCGGUCAGCGUCGCCAUCGACGAGAACGGCAUCCUGCCGGAAGCGUUCGAAACGGUCUGCGCCCAGCAGCAUCCCAAGGUGCUGUUCCUGAUGCCCGGCGUGCACAAUCCGCUCACCCGCGCGCUGCCGCCCGAACGCCGAAAGGCGAUCAUCGACAUUGCCCGGCGCCACAAUGUCUGGCUGAUCGAGGACAAUCUCUACGCGACGAUCGCCGGCGACCCGCACACGCCGAUCGCGGCGAUGGCGCCGGACAUCACUUUCCAUAUCACCGGCCUGUCGAAGGCCGUGGCGGCGGGCCUGCGCGCCGGCUGGGUGGCCACGCCGCCGCACCUGACGGCCCGCGUCUGGUCGGCCCAGAAGAUGCUGACCGGCGGCGCCAGCUACCUUCUGUGCGAACUGGCCGCCCGCAUGGUCGAUUCGGGCAAGGCGAUGGCCGUGCGCAACCGCGUGCGUGCCGAAAUCGGCCGGCGGGUUGCAUUGAUGCGGACUAUCUUCGACGGAUGCGACAUCAAUCUGCGCGACCAUACGCCCUUUGCCUGGCUGAAACUGCCCGAACCCUGGCUUUCGGGCACAUUCAAGGCCGCCGCAUACGAGGAAAAGGUCCGCAUCGACGACGAGGACGAGUUCAAGGCCGGACGCGGCGACCACCGGUUCCACGGGGUGCGCAUCGCCUUUUCGGCCACCAUCAAGGACAUCCACCAGUUGGAGACGGGUGCGCGCAGGCUGCGCCGCAUACUCGAUGCCGGCCCCGGCGCCCAUCACAGCUACAACUGA